CCCUACUAUUGCUUUAGUCUAUUCCAUAACAAAUAUGCCGUAAUCACGAAGAGAACAGAACUAUCGCGAUAUCCUCCUGGGUCUACGAGACUUUGAUAAGUGAAAGACCGGCCUUCUUUACGUGACGGACCUAAGCAUCGGUCAGAUGAAAUGAAGCUGAACAUCUCCUUUCCGGCCACUGGCUGCCAAAAGCUAAUUGAGGUCGACGAUGAGCGCAAGCUGCGGACUUUCUACGAGAAGCGUAUGGCCACCGAGGUGUCCGCUGACCCCCUGGGCGAGGAGUGGAAGGGCUACAUGGUGCGCAUCAGCGGGGGAAACGACCGACAAGGCUUCCCCAUGAAGCAGGGCGUUCUGACGCAAGGGCGCGUCCGACUCCUGCUCAGCAAGGGCCACUCGUGCUACCGCCCGCGCAGGACCGGAGAGCGCAAGCGCAAGUCUGUCCGCGGCUGCAUCGUCGACGCCAACCUCAGCGUGCUCAACCUGGUCAUCAUCAAGAAAGGUGAGAAGGACAUCCCUGGGCUCACAGACAGCACGGUCCCCCGCCGCCUGGGCCCCAAGAGAGCCAGCAAGAUCCGCAAACUCUUCAACCUGUCCAAGGAGGACGACGUCCGGCAGUACGUGGUGAGGAGGCCUUUGACCAAGGAAGGCAAGAAGCCCCGAAGCAAAGCCCCCAGGAUCCAGCGGCUGGUGACCCCCCGGGUACUGCAGCACAAGCGCAGGCGUGUGGCCCUGAAGAAGCAGCGCACCCUGAAGAACAAGGAGGAGGCGUCCGACUACGCCAAGCUGCUGGCCAAGAGGACGAAGGAGGCCAAGGAGAAGCGGCAGGAGCAGAUCAAGAAGAGGCGUCGCCUGUCUUCCCUGAGAGCCUCUACAUCCAAGUCCGAGUCCAGCCAGAAGUGAUUGGACAAUAAAUGCUGCUGCACUGA